AUGUAUGAUGCCAGUUUGAUCUCCAAUCUAGAGUACAUCAAACUGGCUAAAAGUUUAGAGUGGGAAACUCUUCCACCGUUUGGGCAGCUUCCAUUCCUCAAGUAUCAAUACCUUCAUGCCAUGCCAAAAGCAAAACGACUUGACCAUCAAUUUCAUCUGAAUGAUGAUGAUUGUGUGUUUCCAUCACUAAAGGUGCUACAUAUUGAGAACCUGAAAAGUAUUGGAGGAUUGGAGUUGCCCUCUUUACCUCCCAAGCUCAAGAAAAUGGAGAUAGAGAACAUGGGGUGGGAAUCUUUUAACUGGCUACAAGAUACUAACAACUGUUGUAGCAUUACAAUCCACAAUUGUGGCAAUUUAAAAUACCUCAGAGGAGAGACCCUGAGAACUACAUUGCUGAUGGAACCAUUGAGAAAUAUCACCUCCUUGCAAAGGCUGCCAAUUUUUCAUAAUAAAGAGCAGUCUCUCCCUUCCUCCUUGGAAGGCCUCUCUUCACUUGAGCUUCUACAUGUGCGAGAUGUUCUUCAGCUUCUGCUGCUGCCGAACAUUCCCUCCUUUGUGGAACAAUUAGAUCUUGUAGAAUUUGAAUCACUUCAGAUCCUUCCAUCUUCUUUGUCGACCAUCUCAUCCCUCAAGGAUCCAUACAAAAGAAACAUUCCACUCGUCAAAUCACUGCCAGACCUCCUUCGCACUUUUUCUGCUUCCUUGCCUUCAUGGUAA